AUGUCAAUGACGGCUAGUAGCAGAGGCAAUUCAGUCAGCGACGCAAACCAGCUACCUUACCCACAUUUAUUAGAUAGAGCUUCUGCUGCAGUCACCCACACUUCUCCACACACUUUGAUCGGUUCUUUUGAAGGGGACCAAUCUCCAACUGCCACUACCGUCGUUUCAUUGCCUUUUCCUUACUCUUCUUCACAUAUAAUAACCUCACCUUCGAACUCUAGUUCUUCGUUAGCAAUUGACGAAACGAGGAGUCAAGUUAGUGGGUAUCAUCCAAGAGACGAGACAGACGACUACAUUCAAGCUAGUGAUUCUGAUAUUGACUUGCGCUCACCGAAACGUCUACGUACCGAAGAGAAUAAUACCGAUAAGAAGCCAAUAAUGAGGAUCAAUUCGGAAAAUGGUGUUGGUGUUGGAAGCACUAAUGGCGUCACCCGAGCUAAUAGUAACGGAGAUAAAAUUAGGCAGCAAGAACUGGUGAGAUUGAUGGUGCAAUCAUUGCAUAAUAUGGGCUAUAGUGAAUCAGCAGCUACACUCGAGAAAGAAUCGGGAUAUCCACUAGAAAGUCCAACCGUGGCACAAUUCAGGGAGGGUGUUUUGAAGGGUGAUUGGGCCUUGGUUGAAAGUCUAUUACCCACUUUGGAAUUGGAUCAAACCGAAGAUACUGUGGUUGUCAAAUUUUUAAUCAGAGAACAAAAAUAUUUAGAAUUACUGGAAGCGCAACAGAAAAUGAAAGCUUUAGUUGUUCUCCAACAUGAGCUCACUCCACUCGAUUAUAAUUUGGAUCGAUUGCAUGCAUUACCAAGGCAUGUCCUGCUUGAUCUAUCAGAUCGCUGUUGA